AUGCCUCAACUACUCAACGAGGAUGGUCGUCGUCACCACCACCGCAAGCAUCAUCGGAAACCAGCGGGAGGGGCUCUCCGCAUACGGAACGAACAUCAGACCUUCAUCACGCAGCCGAAGACGAACCUUAGAAUAAGGGGGGGUAACGCCACGGAUACCAAGAACUUUCCUUACAUGGCUGCUGUUAUUAUAAAUGGGAGAUUGUGGUGUGCGGGUACUAUUGUCGAUGUGAACUGGGUUGUGACUGCUGCACAUUGCUUGAAUUACGUUCUCCACGUGUCUCCUCUCAAAACCCUGGGUCAGUACGUGAAGGUGCGCGUGGGCAGCGCUCGCCCCCACGAGGGCGGCACGCUGGUGGACGUCGUGGGGGCAGUGAGACACCCCAAGUUUGAGGAGGAACCCGUCCCCCACGCUGAUGUGGCACUGUUGAAACUUUCUGAGAAUCUCGAGUUCCACAGACAAGUGAAUUUGCUGAAGAUCUACGAGGGCAUCAAGGAGCCGUUUGCUCAGAGCUUCAUCGUCGUCACGGGCUGGGGAGCUACCAGGGGCACAGACACAGCAUUCAGGGAGUACACCCCGGACCUGAUGACGGCGCGUCUAAAGGUGCGCUCCCACCACUACUGCGUGGACGCAUACCAGCUCGUCAACGGCUUCCAGUUCACACCCGACUUCUUCUGCGCUUCUCUCAGGAACGGGACUAGGGAUGCUUGCUUGUUCGAUGCAGGCGCACCGGCCGUACAACAGAACAGGCUAAUGGGUAUAAUGAGCUUCGGUCCUGAGCGAUGCGGCCAUGAGUACCAGCCAGCGGUCUUUGUCAAGGCUUUCUACUUCAGGGACUUCGUAAAAGCAACGAUAGCAUCCUACAAGACGACAGCUGAGCUGGUGGACGCCAUCCAGGAGAUCCACCCUGAGAUAGUACCGCAGAUGCCUCACGAGGGUCUGCACGUGGACUUGCCACAGAAGAUGCUGGAUGACAUGCACGCCAUGGACACCGUCACCAAGCCGGACUCUAGGCACGACUGA